AUGGAGGAAACCGGCGGCGCCGGCUACCAAAAACCACCUCGCAGCGGCGGAAGACGCGGCGGCGGCGGCACGGAGACCGGCAAAUCCGACGUCGGCACGCGGUACCGCGGCGUUCGACGGCGACCGUGGGGGCGUUAUGCGGCGGAGAUUCGUGACCCGCUGUCAAAAGAGCGCCGGUGGCUCGGCACCUUCGACACCGCCGAGCAGGCCGCCUGCGCCUACGACAUCGCCGCCCGCGCCAUGCGCGGCAUCAAGGCUCGCACCAACUUCCAUUACCCUCCCCCUCCUCCUCUUCCUCCCCCGGCCGUGCCACCGCCGGACCGCUGGCCGAAUAGUAGUUACAACACACUCCUCCUCCGCAACCUCAUCAACUCCUCUCCUUUACGCCCGCAUUGUUAUAAUUCUCCUCCUCCUCCUCCUCCUCCUCCAAUAUUAUGCCAUGGCAUUCCUUGCGUAAAUGCUUCGUCUUCUUCGGACUUGUCAUGCCUCAUGCCGCUGCAACACGAUCAGAAGAAGCCUACCUUCACCCCCUGUUCUUCUUCAUCAUCACCAGCACCACCACCGCCACCUGUUGCUCCUAAGCGUUGCCUGGCUGAUCAGACCGAGGAGUUAGACGAGGAGGAGGACGACGAGUUUUAUUUUAACUUGCAGACGGAGCCACCGGAGUCAGGACUGCUACAAGAGAUCGUCAACGGCUUCUACCGAAAUCGGACCGUGGAUUCAGACAGCAGCAGCAGCAACCCUAAACCCUACGACUACGAUCAUCCCGAAGCUAACGACGACGGCGCGCCGGCGAUCCCACAAGGUCUGUUGGAGGACGUCGUUCAGUUCCCGGACUUGUUCGCGAUGCAUGCCAUCGAUCGUAGCAUGUAG